UGCGACGGGUGACGUCAUCUUAAUGCAUCUUUUUCUAUUUUGUUGCCAUUCUCACUUAUUAUCCUGCUUUCUUCUGCAUUAUUCUCUAUUGUAAAGGCGGUCUGGCACCAAUAAGACUCUGAUUUUCUCCCGUUUACAGAUAUUUGAGUGGGUUUGGGGGUUCAUCACUAUAAAAUCUAACUAAAUUCUUUCGGGAAGCCGCUGGUUUUUCCGUGGGUUUUCUGCCCGCCGAUGGCUAACGAGAGGCUCAGGAUCCUGGAGGAGGUGGAGAAGGAGAUCGCGGUGGUGCUGCAGUGUGCCGGCAGCAUCGUUCUGGAGCUCUCCAAGGAGAAACACAACAACAGCUUCCUGGACCGGCAGCUGGUCCAGUUCCAGAGCUCCAUCAACCGGGUGGAGAGCGAACUAAGCGCCCAGAUCCGCUACCUCACGCAGGUAGCAACUGGUCAGCCUCACGAAGGCUCCACAUAUUCAGCCAGGAAGGACUGUCAGAUGGCUUUGAACAGAGCCGAGUACGCCAGGGUCAAACUGGGGGAACUGGGACGGACCUGUGAAAUAAUGCUGGAGCAGCAACAACAACAACAGCAGCAACAACAACAGCAACAACAACAACAGCAGCAGCAGCAACAGUCGACAUGAGAGCACAGGAGGUCGACUGGUCGGACUCUAAAACUUGAUCUGCUCUUGGUUGUAGCGCCGGUGUCAGACGUGGCCAAGAAAGAAAACUGGUGUGGACUGGAUGACACACGAUACAGAUUUGCAGCCUUAUUGGUGAACACAUGUAGAAACUGUUCUUCUUUAACAAUAAAAAUAAAAACAACAGUCGCGUACAUGGAGAAUAUGAGCAAGCAUCAAGGCAACGGUUCAAAAAAUAAUCACUCAGCUAUUAACAAAGUAUAACUUUAUUGCAAAACGACGAUGUAGUGAUUUACUUUAUGAAAACGUAGUAAAAAAAAAAACAAAACUAAAAACAUUACAUGCUACUGAAUUAAA